AUGGACCCAGUGCCCCAGGGGGCCCCAAGCCUACAGGAGCUGCGUGGCCUCCACCCGCGGGGGGCCCAGAGGCCAGGGGCCACACGCCAGGGCUGUGGGGCUGGGCCCCAGGGCAGCUUCUGCACUGAGAUGCUGCUGGAGACGCUGGUGGUGGCAGGAUGGCGGCAUCACUUACGGGCACAGCUUUACUGGGACUUCCAGCUGCUGGACUCCGAUGGCGACGGCCGCCUGCCCGCCCGCGACGCGGAGCUGCUGCUCCGGGAGGUGCCAGGAACGAGCGCCAGCGGGCAGGCCUGGCACAGCUUCCUGCGGGAACACAGGCAAGGCCUGGCCUGGCAAGACAUAGAGGCCUGGCUCUCUGCAGCCCCUCAGCCACACCCAGAGCUGGCCUGGGCCUCCGGGCAGAGACGCCGAGUGGAGCCGGAGACAGGCUGCCCCGGCGGGACGGGCGCGGGCACUGAGGACAGCAGCCUUCUGUGGCCCUGGGCAAUGCGCCGGCACUGGCAGGUCCUGGAUGGGAUCUGGGACUCGGAGCCCGUCCCGGUGGCGUUGUGGCAGGAGGCGCUGGCCGGGCCCAGGCUGGUGGCGGGGCAGCGAGCAGUGCCCAGCUGGACGGGCGCGGCAGAGGCUCUGUGGAGUGGAGCUGCACAGGCACGCCUGGCUGGCCUGCAGCCACCUGCAGCCCAAGCCUGUCCGCGCCAGCCCCUGCUCUGCUGUGCCCUGGAGGAGGUGGCCGCUGCGGGGGGGCCCCUGGGCGAGGCGGCCAGGCAGGCAGCAGGAGGCUUUGGGGCCCUUCCUGCCCCCCCGCGGGAAACCGGCCCCCGCAGAUGGCGGCUGGAGGCGAGCGGGCAGGCGGAGGCCACGUGGCAGGACAGCGCUGGUGCCAGCCUGUGGGAGUUAAAGCACACACAGGAGGCUGAGCUGAGUGACGCCAUCGAGGGGCUGAUGGGCACGGCUGCGUCCUCCAUCCCGAUAGGCCCCGAACCAGCGGCGUCGCGGCCCAGCUCCCGCUGGACUCAAGGCGUGAGCCACGAGGGGCACCCCUGGCACUCAGCGGGCAAAGGGGUGGCAGGCCGGGGUGGCGCCGGAGCCAGCUGUGUGCAGCCCCAGGAGACGCCGUGCAGCGAGCCGGGGGCCCUUCCCGCCUGGGAGCUGCCGCAGAGGGAAACGGGGGCCCUGCAGCCCCAUGAGCGGAGUCGGCUGGAGGCCCCGGGACCCCCCCAGAGGGGACAGCGGCUCAUCCCGGCCCAGAACGAGCUGCACACGCUUCAGCCGCAGGAAGCGCCACAGACGGCGCCAGGGGCCCAGGAACGGGGAGAGCCGGAAACACGGCAGCUGCGGGGGUCUCCGCCGACGGCCCUGCGGGGGCUACAGAGGGAGCCCGAGGCCCUCGAGUCCCAGGACCAGGGGCCCCAGGGGCACCCACACGGGGAGCAGGGGCCCCGUCAGGCCCAGGGGACCCCACAAGGGGACCCAGCAGCUCUUGAGCCCCCCGAACAAAGGGAGCCACUGGUCUUUCAGCCCAGGCAGCUGGUGGGGCUGGACCCCCCUGAGUCCCCACACAGGCAGCUGGAGACCCGGCAGGCCCCAGGGAGGCUGCAAAGGGAGCUGGAGGCUCCUGAGUCCCUGGGGGUCCCUCAGCCCCAGGGGGUUCUGCUGAGGGAGCCUCAAGGACAGCAGGUGCCGCGGGCCCGUCGGCUCCGGGGGGCUCCGCAGUCAGAACUUAGCGCUCCACAGGGAUGGAGGGAGGCGCAGGCCAGUCAGCUCCACCGGGAGCCCCAGGCCCCUGCACCCCAAGAAGUGAGGGGCCCCCCAGAUCCCCUUCAGCCUCAGGGAUCUCUGCAGAGGGAGCAAGGAAGGGCCCAGGAAGGGAGGGAGACAGCGGGCCCCGUGCACCAGGGCCUGAGGGUGGCAGAGCCCCUUCUACCCUGGGACACUCCCCAGAGCGAGCCAGAGCCGUGGGGGACCCAGGGGGUUCAGCUGAUGGAGCCCUCAGGAGCCCCUCGGCCCCUGGGAGCUGUGCUAAGGGACCCCCCCGGGGAUCAUACCCAGGGACCGAGGGAGCUGAAACCAGCCCCGCUGCUGGGGCCAGGGAGCGUCCAGACCCUGGGGACGCUGCACAGGGAGGAGCUGCCGGCCCCUCAACUCCAGCCAACGCUGCCGGGGGAGGCCCCCCAGCUCAAGCUGGGGCCACUCCAGCCUCAGGGGCGCCUGCAGGGGGACCCCGAAGUGAUCCGGCCCCGGGAGCUGGGCAGGCCACAGGUCCCACAGCUCCAUGAAACGCCACUGGGGCCACUCCAGCCCCGGGAAAGUCGACUGCUCCAGGAGCUGAAGGGACAAGAGGCUCCCCAGGUCCCUGAGCUCAAGGGAUGGGGACCAGGGGCCUGUCAGCCCCGGGGAGCGCUGCUGACAGAGACUCUUGGGCCCCGGGAACUUGGCGGUCCCCAGGUUCCUCUGCCCCAGGCACUGAUAGGACCAGAGGCAGCCCAGCCUUGGGGAGCUCCGCUGGAUCCCCGGGAGCCAGAGACUGAGGAGCCCCGGGGGUCCCCACAGGGGGAGCCGGAGUGUGAGGAGCCCCGCGUGUCCCGGCAGCGGGAGCCAGAGUGUGAGGGGCCCCGGGUGUCCCCACAGCGGGAGCCGGAGCGUGAGGAGCCCCGGGGGUCCCCGCAGGGGGAGCCGGAGUGUGAGGGGCCCCGGGUGUCCCGGCAGCGGGAGCCGGAGUGUGAGGGGCCCCGGGGGUCCCCGCAGGGGGAGCCGGAGUGUGAGGGGCCCCGGGUGUCCCCACAGCGGGAGCUGGAGCGUGAGGAGCCCCGGGGGUCCCCGCAGGGGGAGCCAGAGCGUGAGGAGCCCCAGAUGUCCCCGCAGGGGGAGCCGGAGUGUGAGGAGCCCUGGGGGUCCCCGCAGGGGGAGCCGGAGUGUGAGGGGACCCGGGGGUCCCUGCAGGGGGAGCCGGAGACCGAGGAGCCCCGGAUGUCCCCACAGCGGGAGCCGGAGACCGAGGAGCCCCGGGUGUCCCUGCAGCGGGAGCCAGAGUGUGAGGAGCCCCGGGUGUCCCCGCAGUGGGAGCCAGAGGGUGAGGAGCCCCACGUGUCCCCGCAGCGGGAGCCGGAGACCAAGGAGCCCCGGGGGUCCCUGCAGCAGGAGCCGGAGUGUGAGGAGCCCCGGGGGUCCCCGCAGCGGGAGCCGGAGACCAAGGAGCCCCGGGUAUCCCUGCAGCGGGAGCCGGAGUGUGAGGAGCCCCAGGUGUCCCUGCAGUGGGAGCCGGAGACCAAGGAGCCCCGGGGGUCCCUGCAGCAGGAACUGGAGUGUGAGGAGCCCCGGGUGUCCCUGCAGCGGAAGCUGGACCAUGAGGGGCCGCAGGGGGCCCCGCAGCAGGAGCCAGAGACCGAGGGGCCCCGGGGGUCCCAGCAGCGGGAGCCAGAGACUGAGGGGCCCCGGGGGUCCCCGCAGCGGGAGUCGGAGACUGAGGGGCCCUGGGGGUCCCUGCAGCAGAAGUCGGAGACUGAGGGGCCCCGGAGGUCCCCGCAGCGGGAGCCAGAGACCGAGGGGCCCCGGGGGUCCCAGCAGCGGGAGCCAGAGACUGAGGGGCCCCGGGGGUCCCAGCAGCAGGAGCCGGAGGGUGAGGAGCCCCGGGGGUCCCGGCAGCGGGUGCUGGAGCCCCUGGAACGAAGGGAGCUGGCGGCCCAGGGGGCGAGAGGGCCAGUGACGCUCCAGCUCAGGGACACCCCGCGGAGGGCUCCAGCAGCCCUGCUGCCCUGUGGGGUGCUGCCGAGGGAUCCGGGAGCCGCGGAGCCCGUGGAGAUGAAGGAGCCGGAGGUUGCUGAGCCGCUGGAGGAACUGGAGGCAGCGGAGCCCCAGGGCCCUGCCCCGAUGGCGCUGGAGCCCUGGCGGGGCCAGGGGACGCUGCAGAGGGAGCCUGCGGAUUGUGGGCCCCAGGAGCUGCAGGCCCAGCGAGCCCGGCACGGGAACCAGGGGGUGUUUCAGCCGCAGGAACCUGUGCAGUGGGGCGGGGAGGCGCUGCCAGCCCAGGGUGCUGCCCAGCGGGGGCCACAGGCCCGUCAGCUCCUGGAGCCAGCGGAAGCCACUGGGCCUUCCCCACCCAGCCCCGGGCGUCCUGGCCAGAGCCCCAGGGAUACCCCAGCGUGGGACCAGGCAGCCCUCGGCGCUGGAGGCUGUGGGGCGAGCCCCGGCUGGGGGGUCCAGCACGGCGAGUGUGGAGGAGAAGCCAUGGGGCAUUGCUGGCCCAGCCUGCCCGCCCCGUGGGGCCAGCUGCGGGGCAGCCCCCUGCGCCGGGAGAAGGCCUUUAUCCGCCCCUCCAGGAGGGAGCAGCAGGAGGCCGUGUGCAGGCUGGCGGAGCUGCAGCUGGAGGGGGGGCGCAGGCACCGGCGCGACAAGGAGCGGCAGCUGCUGCGGUUCCAGGAGCGACUGUCCAUCACCAGGCACCGGUCAGUGGAGACUCUUCCGGGGAGACCCCAGCCCCCUGUGGAGCCUCAGCUGCAGGAGGCCCGGGCGCAGCAGAGGGAGGCGCUGAAGCACCACCUGGAGCAGGUGAAGCGGGAGCGGACGCACGGCCUGCAGGCCAGGCGCCACAGGAACACGCUGAGUUUCCAGGAGCUCUUGGAGCCGCUGGUGGCGCCGGGUGAGGACAGCAGCGACCUGAGCCGGGCUGGGCAGGCCUGAGCGGGGGUGGGCACCCGGAAACAGGCAGCCCCCUCCCCUCACUCCCAGCCGGGCAUUGGCCAGGGGGCCACCAGCGCGCAGCCUGGGAUGAAGUGGGGGAUUUGCAUAGUGUGUUGUAUGAAUAGUGUGUGCCUCAGUUUCCCCAGUGUGCGGCACCAUUACCGAGGUGGUGGGACUCAGGACAGAAAUUCUGUAACUUAGCAGCUGACAGCUGGGGCAAGAAGCCAGCUGGCCCAGCGGUGCCCAGGUGACUGGUUUUGCCGGAAAGACAACAGAGGACGGAGGAGGGGAAACUGGGCAUGACUGGGGCGGGGGGCAGACUGUUGGCUGCAGGACACUCCGGGUUUGGGACUCGGGGAGAGCCCAGGCCUCUGGUCCUCCCCAAGAUGGACUUUGCUGUAACUUCCUGCUUUCUGUGCUAACAAGCUCUGUUCUACGCUGUGUUCCC